UUAUUCCAAUUCCUCAUCUUUAAUUUGUCUCGUAGAAAUUUCCAAGACUUUUACGUCUUUGAACCUUAAUUUGGUUCUGAUGUCAUGGAAAUUAAGUAUUGUAUUCUCCACAUAAUGAAUCCUUCCUCUUCACAGUCAAGAGUUUGAGACUAUAUAUACAAGUCAUCGAUAAUGGGGGAGACAGUUCAUAUACGCAUCAACACAAAUAAGAAAAUAUCAAUAUUUACAUCUACGUACAUCAUGCAUCCUUGUGUUUUUACAAUUUUGUCACUUACGAUGCUACGCCUUGUGACAGUAUAUGGCUACCACCAAUUGGUAGCGGUGGAAGAAGGAGGAGGAGAUGAUACUAAUGGUGUAAUGAACAAGUGUUUGGAUAUGGAGAGACAUGCUCUGCUUCUUUUCAAAGCUCCCCUUCAAGAUCCUGAUGGCAGUCUCUCAACAUGGAGACCUAAUGAACAUGACUGCUGUCAAUGGAAAGGAGUCACCUGCAACAACCAAACUGGUCAUGUUACAGAGCUUGAUAUCAGCGACUAUAAUCUUAGAGGUGAGAUUAGCCAUUCAUUGCUUAACUUAAGCUACUUAAACUUUCUUGAUCUUUCCUACAAUUCUUUUUGUGGAACCAUUCCCGCCUUCUUUGGUUCCAUGGCUCGAUUAAGAGACCUCAAACUCAAUUCCAAUAAUCUUAAUGGAACUGUCCCCAAGUCCAUUGGUUCCUUGACCAAAUUAAGGUACCUUGACCUUUCUUAUAACUCUUUUUAUGGAACCAUUCCUCCAGAGUUUGGAAAUCUCACCAACUUGCAAUACCUUUACCUUGGAGUUGUUGGCAGAUGUAGAGUUGAGAACCUACAGUGGUUAUCUCAUCUCUCUCAUUUGCAGCAACUUGGGAUGGAUGGGAUUUCCCUAGCCAAACAAAAUCAUUGGGUAGAUGUAAUUUUGAGUCUCCGAAAACUAUCAUAUUUAAGUUUAGAUGGAUGUGAGCUGUCACAGGUCAUGUAUCCAUAUUCUUCUUCAUUUCUCAACUCUUCUUCUUCAUCUAUUCAAUCCCUUUAUCUUGGAAACAACAGUCUCAACUCAUCCAUGUAUCAUUGGUUGCUCCCAUUAACAAGCAAUAAGCUUCACUUUCUUGAUCUGUCUAGCAACAUGUUAGAUGGGAUACCCAAAUAUCUUGGUAGCCUUUGUAGUUUGGUAAGUUUAAGAUUUGAUAGCAACUCUGCCGUUGUCAAAUUUCCUGGUUUUCUGAGCAACUUGUCUGGAUGCACAUCACUUACAUUGCAAGAAUUGGAUGCUUCUUAUAACCAGUUUAUAGGGUCAUUGUCUGAUGACAUCCAAAAGUUUUCAUCCCUAAGACAUUUAUGGGUAUCUCAUAAUCACUUAAAUGGCAUUAUAAGUGACAAAGUGUGGGAACUACCCAUGCUUGAAGAGAUUGACGUUUCUUCCAAUUCUUUUAGAGGUGCCAUCUCUAAAAACAUUGGAAAGUCGAAGGCUUUUGAGAUAUAUCUUUCAGAAAACCAACUCCAAGGAGUUCCUUCCACAGAUCAUAUGUCAAAACUUUCUUAUGUACAGCUUAUUGAUAUGAACUCGUGCAAUCUAGGGCCUCAUUUCCCCAAAUGGGUUCAAACACUGAGAAAUCUCACCCGUCUUCAUAUUGCCAAUUCCAAAAUUUCAGACAAAAUUCCUAUGGAGUUUUGGGACACAUGGCCUUCUCAGUUAAGAUAUUUGAAUCUCUCUUCCAACAACAUCAGCGGUGAAGGACCAGAUUUAUCAUCAAAUUUUGACAACGGUUCAGUGAUAGAUUUGAGUUCCAACAGUUUUUCUGGUCCACUAUCGAAUGUCUCUUCCACUUUGGCAUUGUUAAACCUUUCCAGAAACAAAUUCAGUGGAGGAAUCUCUUUUUUAUGCCAAAUGGUUGAUGGGUUUUUGGAAGUUCUUGACCUCUCCCAUAACCUUUUCACCGGAAAACUUCCAGACUGUUUGUGGCAUCUCAAACUACUAAAAGUCCUUAAUCUAGGACACAACAAUCUAUCUAGAAGACUUCCUCCCUCCAUUGGAUAUUUGAGAGAACUUGAGGUGCUGGAUUUAUACAAGAACAACUUUUCUGGGGAAUUGCCAUUAUCCUUGAAGAAUUGCACGAGCUUAAACUUGAUGAAUUUGGGGGCCAACAAGUUUUCUGGUUAUGUGCCUGUUUGGAUUGGGGAAAACUUAUCAAGGUUGUAUGGUCUUAUCCUAAGAUCAAACAACUUCUUCGGAACCAUCCCUUUACAGUUAUGUUAUCUUGCAAAUCUUCAAAUUUUGGAUUUGUCAAUGAACAAUCUCCAGGGAACCAUCCCCUCAUGUUUGAAUAAUCUUACAAGCAUGGUUCAAGAAGGAUUCUUAUCACCACCACCAAACAUAUAUUCCAUUUUAAUUGAUUGGAUAAUGAAAAAGUCAGGAAAUGGUUAUUCAAAUUCCAGUGAGUAUGCUGACCAUAUGAUGAUCGAAUGGCAAGGAAGUGAGCGUGAAUUCACCCGUAAUCUGGGAUUGUUGAAGACCAUUGACCUGUCAAGCAACAAUUUAACAGGACAAAUACCACAUGAACUUAUGGAUCUCUAUGACUUAAUUGCACUCAACUUAUCAAAGAACUGUCUUCUUGGAGAGAUUCCAUUGAAAAUUGGUCAGAUGAAACAACUUUUAGCUUUGGAUUUAUCUAGAAACAUUUUAUCAGGAGGGAUACCAUCAAGUAUGUCUCAAAUGAGUUUAUUGAAUUACCUAGACGUGUCAUUUAAUAACUUGUCAGGGAGAAUCCCAACUAGCACUCAGCUCCAGUCUUUUGAACCUUCAAGAUAUGAUGGAAAUGCAGCACUAUGUGGACCUCCCCUUUCCAAAAAAUGUCAAGGAGAUGAAGAAUCAAAAGUACCAUUGGUGGUUGGUAAAAGCGAGGGUGAGGGGGGAGACGUGGAUGAAGUUUGGAAUUGGUUUCAUAUUGGUGAGGGCUGCGGUUUUGCUACUGGAUUUUGGAUAGCAUGUGGAGCUUUACUUGUCAACAGUCAUGGGAGACGAGUUUUUUUUCACUUUUAUGAUGGCGUCGAAGAUUGGGUUUAUGGGUAGGUGGCAUUGUUCAUUGAAGAUUUAUGGAGGGUUGCAUAUAUGUAGUUGUCUAUAUAUUUAGUGCUUCUUUGUAUCAUGUAUGAUUUUUUUUUUAUAACCUAUAAGUGUUCUUAUUUUGGACUAAAGGUGUAGUAAUGUAAGACCUUGCAUGUUUUAGUUGUAUUUUGUAGGGUUUCUAAGUGCCUUUUAUCAAUAAAUUUCCCACCAACACCAUGGGUGGCUAUUUCCCUUGGUUGCAUGAAAGAAGGUUCCCUAGAAAGUUUUUUUUUUUUUUUUUUUUUUUUUCUCAUAAGGUUGUGCGGAGUGUAGCAGGAAAAGCGCACGGGAAACGAACCCGCACCUCGGAACACCACACCGAUGGUGUGGGAAAUGUGGUGUGGGAAGGGGGUGAGGGGAAUGCUCCCCGCAUUCUCUCUCCUCCUCUUAUUGGCCAGGCUUUGUUUCUGUUUUUUUUAUUAAAUUAUAAUAUUAUAUAACUACUAAAAAAUUAUAAAAAAUAUAUCAAAAUUCGUGGUUUUUAAUUCGAAUUCUUGAA